CAAACAGAACGUUACACCGAAACGAGGUAAAGAAAUACGAGCGAAUUUCUUUUUUGUCUGCUUCCUCCUUGCCACUGGAACGACCUCCUUCCUCCUCUUCUCGAUCUCGUGACGGCUGCUUUAGAAAGAAGCGAGAGGAGAGAGGUGCGCGUGUCUCAGUGUAGUGAGUGUGCCGUAGGGAGAGGUUAUGUGAGUUGAGUGAUGUCCACCAGCACAGCUGAGAACCGCAUGAACUUGGCUGCCCUGCAGAGAGUCGAUUCCGCGGUCACCGAGAUUGUGGACAACGCGAGCCAAGUGGCGCUGUACAGGUUCGCCCCGGCGACAAACGGCUGGGAAAAAACAGAAAUUGAAGGAUCUUUAUUCAUCUUUGCAUGGUCAAAGACCCCCAGCCAUGGCUUCAUUGUUAUGAACCGCCUGAACACAACAAAUUUCUUAGAAGUGAUCACUCCGGAGGUUGAGUUCCAAACACAGUCGCCGUUCAUUUUGUACAAAACAUCGCAUUCUGGAAUAUACUGCAUUUGGUUCUACGACACAAGCGAGUGUGAAAGGGUCGGGAAGCUUUGUCAGAGCCUAGCAGAAGAGAACGAGAUGUCGUCCAAGUCAAAGAACCGCCAGCGCUGCGCCUCCGAGAGUGACAGCCUGCACAAGCUUCAACUGGCUGUUCCAGCUGCCUCGCAGAACGGUCGUCCCAAGGACAUUGUGGCCCUUCUGUCCAAGGCAAAGGACCAGUAUAACAUGAAGAAAGCCGAGGCCACUUCUACUGGCCAAAAGCAGCACCGAAACGGGACUCGGGGCCGAGGAAGCCGAACCUUCGUCCCGUCGGCGACUGCAAACAGUGCGCAACCAGAGGCUGCCAGCAACGGCCACCACGACAGUGUGUCGUCUCCUCCAAACGGGCUGCACAAGCCCACGCCGUUGAGGACGACCACCAAUGGUGUCGUUGCCGCGCCAACCACCCAGGUGCCAUCCACGCCCCUCAGCGUGGAGUCUCUCUUUGCCGCUGUUAGUCAGACGAAGCCCACGGGGGACGAAGCUGAAGAUGCAAAGGAUGCUCUGCUGCAAGCACUGCUGUCCAAUCCCGAGAAUCGGGUGGAGCACGUGGAGCGGAUACAGCGCAAGGAAGCUGACGCGAAUGGUGACGUGUCGUGUGAGCAGCCGCGCGUGCGUGCGGCCUCCUGCCAGGCCAACAUAUCGGCUUGGGAGAUGAGCGACGAUCUGCGACACAAGCUCAACCUGUGCUGCCCUUCCUCAUCUUCUGCCGAGAAAAGCGUGCUGCCUUCCGUGGCGACACCGGCCAUUUUGGAGACUGGCAUCGGCAGCUCCGAGCGCCGCUCCUCGCCAACAACGGCCGCGUUUCGAGGCCCACGCUCUGUUAGAGAGCCGUGCAAGGCCCCAUCUGCAUCAGACCUGCCCCUGCUCACACCCAUGGCUUUCACAAAACCAGUUGCCCAACUCGCUGCAAUGUCUUCCUUGUCAUCUGGCUCUGCAUCGUUUGCGACUCCUAGUAUGUUCAUGAAUGGUGAUGUGGUGGCCAAAAAACAGGAGCCUGUGAGUGCAUUGACAAAGGAUCAACUGAAGGAUGCUCUGGUCCACAUGUUACAGACGGACGACAGUUUCUUGGUGAAGCUGCACGAGGCAUACGUGGGGAGCCUGAAAAGCCGGUUCAACCUAAACACGCGGACUGGCAAUGGCUCAUCUAUGGGAACCCUCUUGUGAAAACAAAUGUCGCAGAGCCGUGCUUGCACGGCUCUUGUGCCUUGCGGAGAGUCCACGGCACCUCAUCUUCCGCAGGAGGCGUUCUGAGACUGUUUGGAGGUGCUCUUAUGGACAAGUGCUGAGCACGCGUUUUAGCCGCACAUUGUCGGAUGUGCUCAAGCAGGCAAGGACGGACGCUUGCCGAACCUCGACGUAACCUUGUGAGCCUGCACAGCAUAGCUGGCAGAAGACGUUAGUUGCACCAUUGGGUGGCACGGUGCUUCUACCUCUAUGGAAACAUUACGAGUGCAGCUACACGAAGGUGUUUAGUAUAGGGAUCAACUUCAGCUUGGGAGUUUGAAUCGUUGCGUUUUUGUGGCCGUUGUGCCUUUAUUGCAGCUCUGCGAGAGGUGCUUGCCUUGCCGCCGCUGUUUCGUGCAGACGUGCUUGGUGCGCCUACACUGACCACUGUGUUUACAAAUGUGCUUCAAUCUUACAGGCCACCUUCAUUUUUUGGGAGUCGCCUUCACUUUACGCUCAAAGUGAAUGGUGUCGAACGUUGGCUCGGUUUGAAUCGCUGCGGGAACCUCCGAGAAGCAUUGCAUAAUGUGCAGUGUCUCUUUCAAGUGACAGCGUUAUUCAAAUUCAGGAGAUCUGUUAGAUGAAACCCAUUUGUAAAUACAGGGGCCACUGUCAGUUCAUGCCUAGUACAGUCGAAAUUUUUUUAAAGUUAUCAGUCGUCUGCCCUCGGUGCAUAAAUUUCCUUGACAAAGACCUAUGGGUCGCCCCCAUUUGUAAUAACAAAGGGCAAGCAAUUAGUGCGAUUUCAUCAUGCCUAUCAGCUUUUUGUAUCACUGAUCACAGCCAUCACAAUGAGAGUAAUUUUUUAAGACAGGUUUGUGCAUGUGCAGAACAUGACGGGCUUUAAAGUACUGCCAGUGUUUGCUAAAGGAGUGGGCACUAGUGUGUUCAUGCAAUCCCAUUUUUUGUGACGUACGAAAAGAAUUCGUGGCGCUCCAAUGCCGUUAGCGAUUUCUAGUGACAUAUUUUUUUUACUGUCAUGAGCAUACUUUUGAUGUACAAGUUUCAACUUGCACAUGCAGCACUAAAUUUAUCUUGAUGAUCACUUACAUUCUCAAGAGCAGAAGGUUUCUUCUUUCUAAAGUAGAGAUCGUUCUAGAUUGACUAAGUCGCUGCACGACCUUGGCAGGCACCUCCAACAGAGCUGCAAAUCGAGGAGCGUAUCAUCAACUUUUGUCGCUUCUUUUAUUUAAAACACAUUGCUGUCACUAUUCUGUAGCAUAUGAGACAUAAUAAGUGCGUUGGUUUUCCUGUCUCUGGGGUUUACAGCUGAUUGCUUGCUGGCGUAGUAUUGGGUGCAGCGGUGUUGUCUGAUUCUGCAGAUCAGAGGUGUUUUUAAGCUUUCUUUAAUCUGUUUUUCUUAACUCUACUGAUAUUUCUUUUAGAAGCAGUUCAGGUCAUUUACAUGGCGUGCGCAGUCGGCGCAGUGAAUUAGCCAGUAGGGAUGAAUCUCCCAUCUUUUCUUUUCGGGUGAUUCUUUGCAGGCUCUCAUUUUUGCUUUCGAUUUGCGUGCACACAUUUGGCAUUAAAUUAGGGAGUUGUAAUUUCAUCACGCAGUUGUUUAGGUAGGAAUUGCGGAUACCCUGGAAUAACAGUUUCAUGCAUAUCGCCAUUCCUUACUUUGUGAAGGCGUCGUAAAGGGAUCACAUUCAGGUGAGGAAGCGGCAAGUUCAGUGUUGCCUUAAAGCGAGGGUCUCCAUCGAGGCUUUGGCAAGUAUGUUCAAAAUGACUUGUUUAAUGAGGUGGCCAGGGCAAGUUGAAGUGUCUGAACAGUCUAAAUAGAAGACACUGCAACAGCAACAAAAUAGCUGACCAGUGUCGUGUUCUUGUUACAUGCGAGCUGCUUUCCUGAAAGAUCCUUACUAAUGAGUCCCAUCGUCAUGCAUGCAUUUAAUUUGCUUGGGCGAGGUGCAAUCAAACCGAUGCAACUAGUGUCAGUGCGAAAACUUGGUGUGAUUGGAAUAGCGGCUAAUGUCCGGCCUCAGUAGAAUUACUUGCGAAGCACAGGUGGAGAAGUUUGCGCGGUGCAGGCAGCUUUUGACUUGAGCCUGCACAAUUCAGUUGCCAGAGGAUUCUGGCAAACGAAAAGCCGCAGCGAUAGAGGCCACAUAUUGCUUCUUGCAAACCAUCAAUCUUUCGCUGAAGACCAUUUUGAACCAGCCCAAGUCUUUUCAGUGCUUAUGCAUGUGCACUUGGUUUUUAAGUCAAAUCCUUCAGGUCAUUUUGAUAGAGAUGAGCUACUCCUCACGAGGAAAUCCACUAGGAAUUAUGCAUGGAACGUCUUGUUUCAUUAUAUAGUCGGGUGUCUUUGAAGUCUCAAGCUCAGAAGAAUUGGUUCCUUCCUUUUACCAGUGCACCUCAACAUUUCCCAUCCUGGAGAGGCAGAUUUCUUGAUUUAACAUUACAACUUUGAGAAGCAAGUUUACUGCAGAUAUGGAACUCAUGAUUUUACCUUUGACUGCCAUCAGCUGCUGUUAAAUUUUAAUUCAUUGUUCGAUUCAAUUUUACUUGCCCUGAAGCAUUGACCCACUUCCUUAGCGAGCUUGUUGAAAAGGCGGGUGUCAGGAUUUCAACUUCCACCUCUGUUCUGCAGCCAGGCACGUUCUUUCUCAUUUUGUGAGAUUUUGUUUCGUAUGCAGCCGUGCCGGACCCUAUCGUACUUUAUAUUCUUCUUCCGCUUGAAUGUAAAAUGGUCCUCUGAUCACUUUCGUCUUAUCAUACCAUCACUUUCGUUUUCAAAACUUUUUUUUCUUUAAUCAACUUGCCUCUGUCUCAGAUUAGAUGGGGGCAUAUUUGCUGUUCUCUAAUUUUUGUUGUUCUCUAAUCUUUGUUGACAUGACCGUCAACGGUGAAAAGUGGCUAACGUUUGAGCACUUAGAGUUGUUCCUUCGAGCCAAUGUGUGUAUGUGUUCGUUCUGUCCAGAAUGGUGUUCAGUGUGUCACGUUCACGCCACCUCUGUCUCAAAGCAAGAUUACAGAAUCCCCUCCGUGUUUUAGAUAGAGGCAGCGUGUGCACGAGGGUCUCAUUGGAGAAAAUGAGGCGUGUGCGCGAGAGGACGAAACCAACCUGCUAUAUCGUUCAUCUAGUGGUGCUGUUUGGUAUUGCUGUCUCUUUUAUAAUUAGCAUUUUUUUUUUUCGUGGUUUGAGUGAAAGGUUUUUCAUUUUAGAAGUACUGUUACUUUGUACUGCUUGUCACUAUGCUCAGUGGAAAGCUCGAUUCCCGAGGUCAUGAGCAUUAUGUUGGUGGCACCACCUCUGACCGUCCCCUUUAGUAACUGGUAGUUGUGUGAUCUUCACAGCAUUGGUUUUCGGGAGAGGGGUUCACGAACUUGAGUAGGGUAACUUCUCCGAGGAUCAUUUGUCAGUCAUUCUUACGAUUAGGCCUCCACGGUCUGUGCAUGGCGGUUAUGGCAAGUUGUCGGAACCUAAGUUGGUGUUCCAACUCUUGUUAGGCCUGUUAUUCACGAUUGCACCUGCUGACUUCAUGGACGAUGUUUCUGCAUUGUGUGACUGCUGCUUGGAAAUUGGGCCUCACGCUUACGGUCUCGUUUGUCAGUGGUUGUAUGGGCGAGGCAUGGUUUCAAGCAGGCACUUGUAAUGUUAAGCUCUUUAAUUUUCGUUCGAAGCUGAAGGGGAAAAAGCACGGUCUAACAGGGUGUGCGAAUGAGUGAAUUCUAGAUUUGCAAGCACAUGCCGUGAGGCAAGAUGCCCACUUUGAUUAUUUCCUUCUUUCGCGAAGUAGGCCAGUGCACUUCAAGCAUACCACUGGCUCUUCCUGCCUUGAAGGCAAUAUUACAUCUUGUGGGGGCUUGCAUUUCUCAUCAUUUCUGUUGUUUUGGGCUAUUGGCACUGUUUGCCAAUGACACUGAGGCCGAGAGAGACAUCCUGGCAAGCUAGUCUUGGCUCGUUGAAGCCACAUAGUUAAUGAAGUAAUUAAUGGGUGAGAAUGAGGGUCGCAGUGCAAAGUAAAAUGGUGCUACAUGCAUGUUUGUGUGUGGCUGCAGCUCGCAUUUCUUUUUUUUUUCUUGUACUUCUUACGUUUUAUGGUCGUUUCGUUACGUGUUGGUAAGAAAAAAUGUCAAAAGCGUACGAGUGCUCUAGAUGACUUGCCUCGUGAUUGUACUACUGUCUUUACUUCACUCACCAGAUUUUUUUUUUUUUUUUUGUCACAGUGGAUAGAUACCACUUGUAUGUAUACACUCCCGUGUGUGACACUAGCACUGGUUUACGUCGCACACGCGACAGUGUGGGUUUUUGUACAUGAUGUAAUUAAUGUACAGUGUACAUAGUGUGUGUGUGUGUGUGUGUGUGUACAUGUUCACUCCAUCCAGUAGAUGCUGGAUCUCUCACAAGCAGCAAACUGAAAGAAAAGUGCAUGUUGUCCCUUUUUAUGUGGCUCUGCUCUUGUAGGCAAGCUCUGUUGUUUUUUGCGAUAAUGGGCUCGCAAAUUUAAUGACACUCCUUUGACACCUCAUACCACAGACCCAUGAUAUUUAAGUGAACACGCAUUAUUGAGGGUGUAAGUCUUACUGAGAAAUGCACGGUGUUUAGAGUCUCAAGUUCAUCAUGCCAGUGAUCAUCAUCAGUUGUACAGCAUUGCUGAAGUGUUCCACGUGCUUUAGUUAUUCAUCAGCAUCACCGUAAACAUCUGAGCGUCCUGACAGGUAAUUAGUUAGGCUGACAGGGAUUAAUAAUUAGGGUGUAUAUUUGUGAAAUAUACCCUGAAAGGCUUACACAUUACUUGAAAUUUAAAUUAGGCAUCGAACCUAAGAUGAGAGUAGACAAACUAGAUAUGUUAUCACAAAUCCUCUGUUGUUCUACGGCCAGUAAUAUACUUUCGUUGUUGUGGAACUCGAGAAAAAAUCGCGUAGGUCGAGUAAGUUCCAGACACGCAGGGUUAGAAACAGGACAUGUACACAAAAAAAAAAAAUAAUGCUAAUUGUUCAGUGAAGUCACAUCCUUCAAAUUGUGACCCUUCUAAUGCAAAGAUGGUCUUUAAAUUGAGAUUAACGCUCAGAAUCAAGCAUUCUGCAAAUGACAUUUAGAAGAGAUCAUGAUGCAUAGGUAGGGCAUGCAGACAAAUGCAGAGUAUGUAACACUUUCAUGACAGAUUGCUUCAGUGUUCUCAUUUAGCGUGUCUCAAUUAGUUCCCAUGGGGCCAGGUGCCACCGUAUGUACAUAGUCACUAAGUGAAUCCACAAAAAGUCGGGUGACCUAAUGGUGCAAUGUUCUUGCUGCAAGUUGUAAUGUGUGCUUCAAUCUGUCAUAUCAGCUUUGUAGAAUUUAGAAUUCUAACUACUUCAAAGCUGUAGGACUUCAGUCUACGUUUUAGCUAAUUUUAGUAUGAGCACCAUACUACUCGUAUAAGCACCAGGGCAAAGCACUUCACAGUGCUACUCUGCUGUAACUCAUGGUGCUCAUUGGCUAAGAAUUGUGCAAAUGACCUUGACAUUAGAGUAAGUUGCUGAAUUAUGAAAGAAAGAUUAGUGUGUUGCUGUCGAAACUUGAUACCUGUAGAAGUAACAGUUGUGGGUAUGCCACACUGCAGGUGAAUUUUAGAAAUACGCAUGAACACAGGGAUAACCUAUGUGCACUUGGGAAGACAUGGCACAUGUUCUACACAUUGCAAGUGGUGUUCUUCCUCAGUUUGUCUAUUGUUUGCACUGGCAGUGUAUACGAAAGGCUCGCAGAUAUAUCGAGGCAGGCAAAAGGCUAGCCAUAGCAUUUAGAAGCUGUAAUGUCUUACAUGUUCUGCAGUAGCUAAGAAAUGUGAGACAGGCAAAUAAAAUCAUUUGUUUGUACAUUACGUUUGUCACAGAAGUGGGGCAGUGCUAAAUUUAAGUCAUCCAGGUGCCACUCCGAUUAUAGUUGAGGGUUUCUUUUUUCGAUUGAAAUGCUUUGCUUGGGAAUAUUAAAACCAUUGGCAUUCUUCAGUUUAGCUGUCUACACAGAGCUCUCCCAAGAGGCAGGAUUAGCACUGUGUGGUAUCUUAGAUGGUGUUUCUAACUUGUGCAAGUUGGCAAAAAACACAUUUUCAAAAAAUCAUAAUAGGGCACACAGCAACAAAGUUGCUGUGUGCCCUAUAUUAUGGAACAGCACCUACAUUGACAUGUGUAAACAAUAAGGACAGCAUUUUUUUUCUAUCCUUUGUUUUGAAUGUAGCACUGUUACAGUUGUGUUAGCUGCGGGGGUUGGGAUUUCAAAAAUCGCACCUCAAGGUCCUCGAUCAGUGGUAGUCACGAUUGUGAUACGUGUGCAGCUUCUGGUGGUAUAUGAUGACAUACAGUUUCCGCCCAGGGCUUCACCCUCCAUUUUGAGCACAUGGUGGGGGUUUCAAUGUUCUCAUCCUGACCUGCGAGUAGCUUUUCUUUUAACAAGGAGAUUGUGCGGUACAUUUCAGAUAACUUACAACAUAACUUACAACUGCAGGUUCCUGUAAGUUAGGCUUUGUCACAUGUUCACGUUUUACAUGCUCACUAAACUUGUUCUGGUAAUCUUCGGAUAAUCAGAGGUCAUGUGGGUAACAUGGCAGUUCAUGUUUCUAAUUAAUGAGAAGACCUGCCAAAAAGCAGUUUUUUCAUUACUUCAGCUGUUUUUAUCAUCUAAAGGGUAAAAUUGUAAAUCAUUUGCACUUUCAAGAUCAUCUUCAGCAGAUCAUUUAUUCUCAACGAGGUGUCGGUUAGAGGCAUUUUUAUCAUAAAUGUAGAUAAGCUGCUGCCCAUUGCUAUAACUUGUCGAGAGCCUGUGGAUAAGUGCAGUGCUUUCAGUUAGCUGCUUUUGAAAAAGAAAGUUGUGCCAUCACCCACCUGUUGUACUUUGACAGUGUUGUACUGAGGGCAGUCUCAUUUGCAGGAGUUGCACAUCAAGCUCAUUCGUGCGUUACCGGCUCUUUUUGUGCAUUUUUGUGUGAAAGUGUUGUAAAUAGCUGCAUUGUGAAUUACAUACUUUUGUCUUCCCCAACCUAUUUUGAAGCACAGCACAUCCUCAUUCUGUACUUGUGCAUAUUCUUUGCAUUGAUUGCUCCUAUGUGCUAAGCCUGCCAAUGCAUAAUUUCAUUUUCGCAGCAAUUUCUAAUCAACAUAUGCACGUCCCGCUGACCCUUAAUCUUGUCAUGUAUAUUUUAUCUCUUCAACAUUGUCAUGGUUGUACAAGCUUUUCACGUGUCUUCAUCGCAUCGAGUCUUUCUGAAAUUUGACACAUUAAGCUACUUUGUGCAAUGCUAUUAUGUGGGCGGAAAGGAUCGCCUAUGUAAGCAGGGAGGAUCCAGCUAGUGUGCGCGCAUCUGUGUGAGUGCGUACUUCUGUGUGUGUGUCUUUUUAUGGGGUAGGGGGUGACACUACGCCCAUUGCUCCUUGUGAGUAUGUCGACUGUGAAUAUGUACAUACCUGCUCAACGAACCUUUGCAACCACGUUUGAGGAUGGCCUCUCCACGGGGCAUCAGUGUUGUUCAUCCGGUGACUGCAUGAUUGCCAGAGACAGGACGGAGCAGCAUAAGUUGCACGCCUCAUAGGUCAACACAACUCGCGUCAGCUGAAGUCACAUCUGUCAUCAAAUAACCGUGUGGCAACUUCUGCAAGUCACCGCUCACCACAGAAGUGAGGGACUUCUCAAAGCUUUGUCAAACCUUUUCACUGGAGUUCAUGCAAAAGGCAGCAGCGAGUGUGGAUGUUUGCCACGUAGUUGACCUCACCGUUCAUUCAUAGACGCUGUCGUCUUUUGAACGACUGGGACAAGAUCUUGUUAUCUGGUCACAAUGCUGUCACUUUGUUAGCUACCUGCUCCAUGUCUGGAGCUUGUGACUAUCUCCUCAUUCGCAAGCUGCUGGACUUAAUCAUGCCGCUUCAUCUUAUGUUUGUGUGGACUGUGAUGUUGCAGCCAUGCGCUUGUGGUGACGUGACUGCGAUGCUUGGGGCAUUGAAGAAUCGCCCUGCCUCCUCCCUCCAGCUGUGCUCCCUGUGUCUGUGAGGACGUGUCAUGGCAUAUGGUGACUUAGCCGUUACUUUUCUUUCUUUCUCUGUGAUUACAAAAGUUCUCUAGUGGCUUCAGCAAAAAGAGCUGCAAGUAGCAGCGAUGAUAAAUUGUGUUGUGACCGCAUUUUAUAGUUUAUAGUCAUGCCGGCACUACAAAUCAGGGGUUAGCUGUCAGUGUUUGUUUUUCGUUUUGGUCGCACCUAUUCAUUCAUGUUACUCAUUUAAAGCCUCUCGUGCAUGUGGUUUAGCACGUUUUGACACAGACCUGUGCCUUGUUUCUAGUGGCAAACAGGUGUACAUGUGUCAUUAACAGAGGUGUGUGAAUGUCUCUAGGAGAAACGAAAAGUGAUGUGAGCGUCUUUCACAUUAUGUUAAUGUGAUUUCUUCGGACAAGAAAUGAACACUGCGACUACACUGGGCUGUCAAGUUCCUGAUAUUUGAGAGCUUUUAAAAACCGGAGUCAGAAUCGGUUAUAGCUCAUUUCUAGUGGGUUAAUAAAGAUAGUCCCAUGUUGCUUCAUAUCAUUAUCAAAAUGCUGUCUUGCAAGGAACAAGUCACAUAAUUUCAAGUUGUUGAUGCAAAAAUUUGGCUUCUUAACAGGGCUGUGUUGGCUGCUAAGGAGUGGUGUUGGGUCAUUAAGAGUCAUUUUGUCAAUGUUGUAGCACUGCUCUCUUGACACAUCCGUGCAUCAUCCUACACUUGUCCAUGCCAUCCAAUGAAUCUGUAACUAACAGCACAUCUUGCAUACCGUAAAGAUAUGUUUUCAUCAUGUCAGCUGCAUUAAUCCAAGCUGGCAUAGACGAGGUGCAGUGACUGGACAUCGGACUUGAAGUGGCUUCGUGUUACGAACAGUGUAACCAUUGACAUUGGUAUCAGCCAUCAUGUCAUGCUGUGGUAGCAGUUUCACGCUUCAUCAAAGUUGUGGGUAGGAAGUCAAAGCAGCAAAGUCCGAACCGAUAUGCCACUGCUACCAUUUCCUUGAAACGAAAGUUCCUCACCAGAGUAACUAUCCCGCCAGUCCGUCCCUUAUCGGCAGACCUUCCUGUUAAACUCUGGCCAAAAACUUUUUUUGUGUGUGUUAGAGUACACACGAACAGGGUUCUAGUUUAAAAGAUGUGGUGUGGUUUUUUUUCUUUAACAACUGUCAGGGAACUACUUAAAAUUUGCUGUUGUCCGACACUGGCUGGCAUGUGUUGGAGGCUGCUUGUUGGCGGAACAUCAGAGGAAAAAGAAAAAGCCUGGUCAAUUAUGAUGUGUCUUUUGGAUGGCUUGAUACGUCUGACCUUGACAACCGAAACUCUUGUCAGCUCCAACAUUUUGCAAGUCGUUUGCUUGCAAACCUAAUGACUAGGAACACCUUGUUGUCAUUCUUAAAGCUUGGCACAUCGUGCCCUCACAGGUAAGGUGUUUCUAGCUAUUUCUAGUAAAGGUAUGCACCGCAUACCAAAAAAAACAAAAACACUGUACUGUUCUUGUGCAUCUAUAGUUAGCAUAGUGUUGUACUGUUCAUUUUUAGUGGUUUGGAGAAUUUUUGGAUAGUUUGUGCAUUUGCUUUUCCUUCCAUUGUCAUUGUGUUAAUAUGUCACAGUCAAUUUUUUUCAUUCUCUUCCUUGCAGUCUCAUUUCACUAACUUUGUUUCAAAGAGAUUUGAACUUUUUGAUUCUCGCCACUGAGUUAGCCUUAAGGUUUUCUUAUCAGAAUUGUGGCAGGCAACCUGUGGUCAAGUGACCCAGGAGUGCAGACCUUUUUUUUUUUUCGGUAGCACCUGAAGUUUGGGUGCUCUCCCGUGAUUGGUCAAGGCUUCCAGUGACCACGUGUUCCCGCAGACUGAUUAUUUGCUGCACAUAAUUUGGUAUGCAGAUUAUGGUAGCAGGGGCACAUUUUUGCUCAUGGCGCUUUCUCUCUAAAAUCUUUGUUAUUUUUAUUUUCUUAAGCUGGUACUCAUUUCCACUUAGUAUCACUGCACAAAUCAGGAAUGUCUUAUUCAAUGUGUCAGUGCUCCUGAAUUCAAAAACUGUUUCGUCUACCAUGCCUUCACAUGAAAGCUUCUACGCCUGCAGCCAUGAGCUCAAACAACAAAACUGCAAACAAACAUCAAAAAGGCAUUGUAGUAUUUAACUGUCAACGGAGCUGGAAGCUUUGACCAAUGCAAGAUCACAAGCUAUCAUGGAGUUAUUUUGCUCCUUGGCUGUUAAGAUCAUGUAUCGUGAAUGACCGUGUAUAGAGUUAAUGCGGUCAUGACUUGACUGUGUGGCCGUUGUUAAAAGUGCAUGGGAUACUGCCUGUAACUACGGCUUCUGUAGAAGGCUGAGAAUUGUGCAUAGCUUAACAAAAGAUUUGUGGCACAAACAAAACAAGGAAAGAAAAAAACUAAAGUGGCAUAGAAGGCCAGAAGUAGAAACAGAAUGGUGUCCUCUCUUCUGUUUUUUUUUUUUCUGGUUUUCACCACAAAUCAUUUAUUAAACAGCUGCUGCGCUCAUGAUAAAGAUGUCCAGAGCGUUUGAGAGGCAGUAGAUGCCCACUACAUGACCCGUAGUUUCAUGCCAGUCUCACCUGUGUGCUUUUAACAGUGGUCUAGCACUUUUGGAGAUGUUUUGCUUGGUGGUGACAUGCUGCACAGGGGACUUUGCUGUCUACCUUCACGUGUUGCCCACAAGAUGAGGUGUUGUCCGAUGUCGCAUGCCACUGUGGCAACUUGGUGAUCUGGGAUUACAUGCAAUGUUGGGCGUCAUUGUGUACUUAGUAUGCCUGUGGUGAUGCGAAUGGGAAUCCCUGCUUUGUGUUCCAAGGCUGUUGGGAAACCUUAUAUUUUUAACGAUUAGUCUAGAAACGUACCACAUGGAGCAUUGCUUCAACAGAACUCCGCGGUUAGUAACGGCAGCUGCAGUUUAAGCUUACGUGCACAGUAAUCGAGUAUGCCUGUUAAAGUUUCCUCUUUCUUUGUAGACCUCAUUUUCCACAGUGGCAUGUGGCCAUGCGGACUCUGUAUUAUGGUUGUUUACCAUCUCAAUGUGAGUGCGGGAAGUAGUGUCUAAGUGUUGUGCUGCUGUUGCCGACAGCUUGAUUUGGCACCCAACCGUGUAUAGGCUGAUCAGAGGUUUAAAAAUGUAAAAUCUGUUAAGUAUUGUGAAAGCAGAGAAUGUAAGUGGAGCAAAAGCAAUGUCUCUAAUAGGACCAAACUGAGUUGUUGGAAAAGAUUGCUUUUGCUUGCCAAGUGUUGGCUUGGCACUGGGCAGCGCUUGCCUUGGCUUCGCUACUGCUCUAAGGCCCAUGUCAUACGGCCUUGAAACCCUCUGUCACAUCACCACGACGACACCAGCCAUGAGGUGACAUCUUAUCAUGAGGUGACAUCUUAUCACGGCAUGCCAGGGACAAUGCCGUUGACAUCAGCAAUGUGACAGGUGAAGUGAGCGAGUGUUUGAUGGCUGCAUGAAUCAAGCCUAAGCCAAGCCAUGGCCUUGUCUUGUUCUGUCAAGUCUAUGUGCCCUUGUCCAGCUAGAGUUUGAUUAGGGAAAAAAAAAAAUUCAUUGGGCUAACUUCCCAUCUCGUUGGGUCGCAACUUUUUGAGCUUCCGGAUCAACAAGUACAAAUCUUUGAAUGGAUGUGUGUUUGGGUAUAUCAAUGUGUAUUCGGGUAUCUGUGUAUGUUUGUGCCUUUGUAAGCCCAGCAUUUCGAGAGAUUUUAAAAAAGCGAAACAUUUUGCAGUCCACCCGCAAAAUGUGGUUUAUGAACAAAGUGUACUGGUCAUUCAGCAUUUUCUCUAUAUGGUAUGUGCAGCUUUAUUCUAUUAUUAAAGUUAGAGGCUGUUUGGCUGAGCUGUUCCCAGGAUUGAUUUAUAGGCACAAAAAAGUUGCAGUAUAGAUGGCAUUCCAUAUUGCAGUCCUUUUCCUCAGGAUGAGUAGACUAUUGCAUCAACUAUGCUUCAAGUGAUAGCCCCCUAGCUACAUGCGAAACAAAAAUUGCAAUGUUACACAUUAUAUGCAUGCACUUUGCAGACAUUUGAUUAGUCAUCUGUUGUAUCUCUUUCAGUUUGCUCCUUACAGACUAUUUUGCGAACUUCUCACAAGGCCUAGAAACAGUGCAGUGAGAUUUGUAUGAUGCAGUUGCAACUCCCAACAAUGCUUUGCACUCAUAGCUAACCUAUUUUGGUCGAGCCCAUGAGCACACGGUGUUUUACACAACGGUGGCUAGGGUGCACCUCGGUUACAGCCGGAGAAAAGUGUUUCACCACUGUGUGCAAUCACAUGAAUGAAAUAGGUUACUGCAACACGCUGUAGCUGAAACUCGGCUUGAAGAUGAUUGGUUCAUGCACAGCUCAACCAGCUUUUUUGUGUGUUGUACUGCGACAGAGUUUGGUUGUUCAGACUGCAAGCCAUAGUCACUUUUGAGCAUUUCACCCAACUGUCCUCUUUGACCACAGCUUUUUGGAACAGCCACCAAGCACACCAGGUGAAAAACAAAACAAAAUGCAAAAACAGUAUGAUGCAAUUGUUAGCAUUUUGUAGUAUCUUAAAAAAAUUUUUUGAUAAUUAGCUUCAGGAGAGUCAUAAACUACCAUAAUGUCCGCAAUGCUUUAUUUGUUAAUGUGUGUGUGUAUGUGAAUGUAUGCAUGUGCAGAUAAAACAAAAAAUUUUAAAUGUUAUAGACAUUCUUUUUUUAUUAAUAUUACAUUGACAGAUGUAUAAUUAGUAAUCCACAAGCUGUGGGUUAGUUUUUAUCGGUCAUACGUUUAUUUGUGCUUCCGGUGCCAAUUCAGAUUAUAAAUAUUCAAGGGAUCCUUAUUUACCUUGUUCACAAGUUCAGCGAUUUUCUAUGGUUGUUUAUUCAUGCUAUCCUGGCAUUCAGAUUUGUGUCUUUAUUUUACAUUCUUACAAGGGAGUGAACAAGAAUCUGCAUUUGGCACUGAAAUCUGGCCUGUUGGAAAAAUGCUAUUGGAAACUGAGAAGUGUAAAAAGGAAAGAUGCUUUAUCUCAUAGGGAUAUUAUUGGUGAAAUAAAAAGGAGUAUUGGCAAAACGGA